AUGGCUUCAGAUGAGAUAGAAAGCGAGGCGACUUUGAAGGGUGUGAGUGACACAAACUUGAACAAUAGUCGCCCAGAUUUUGCCACAGCCAGGCAGACUCAAAAGAGUCUUGGGAACAGACCCACGUCCAGUCCUUCGUCUUCUGGGGUGUCGGGAGAAGUAGACGAGGAGGAGCUGGACGAGCUCCAGCACAGCACGGCGUCCACAGUGGAAAAUGGCGAGGAGGCACUUGAAGAGAGUUCAACCAAAACAAGCAGCGGUUCGCAGGAAAGGACGAUCCCAGAUAAUGAACACAACCUUGGUGUUCCGGUGAACCUUCCUCGGCCGUGCUCUGCAGAUGGACCCAGUGGAAGCCUGGAGCGCCAGGAAUCGGUUGCCACGACAGAGGCUCGAUUAAGGAUGGAGGGAGUCGAGCUUAAGGAAGAGUGGCAGGACGAGGACUUUCCACGGCCUCUACCUGAGGAGGAGGAGGAGCUUGAAGAGGAGUUGUUUGCAGGAGCGUCUGAAGAGGGCGAUCCAGGCUUUCUAGUGAACCACGGGAAGAAGAAAAAGAAGCUGACGGCUCCCGAUAUCAGCCUCACACUCGACCGCAGCGACGGUUCCAUUCUUUCCGAUGAGUUGGAUGAAAGUACGGAGCUGGACUUGGACGGCAUGGACACGCCUUCCGACAACAGUAAUGAGUUUGAAUGGGAAGACGAUCUCCCCAAGCCCAAAACUACCGAGCUACUAGAAAAGGGCGUGGAGUCGGUCCAUCAGUUCUCGGCCUCGGAGGAGAGGGACGAGGGCCGGCGCUGGAGGGUGUUUCGCAUCGGAGACCAGGACCACCGAGUGGACAUGACGGCCAUUGAUCCUUACAAGCGCGUUAUUAGCCACGGAGGUUACUACGGCGACGGCUUGAAUGCCAUCAUUGUGUUCGCCGUGUGCUUCAUGCCCGAGAGCAGUCAGCCAAAUUACAGAUACAUCAUGGACAAUUUGUUCAAGUACGUCAUCGGCACGCUGGAGCUCCUGGUGGCCGAGAACUAUAUGAUUGUGUAUCUCAACGGCGCCACGUCGCGGAAAAAAAUGCCAACCGUCGGCUGGCUCCGGAAAUGUUAUCAGCAGAUCGAUAGAAGGUUAAGGAAGAAUUUAAAAUCGUUGAUCAUCGUCCAUCCCUCUUGGUUCAUUCGCACCCUGCUGGCACUCACGAAACCUUUCAUUAGCUCCAAAUUUAGUCAAAAACUCCAGUUUGUCUACAGCCUGACGGAGCUCGCAGCGCUAGUCCCGAUGGAGUACGUGUCCAUUCCAGAGUGUAUCAAGCUGUUUGACGAAGAAAAAAAUAAGAAAAGCUGUAAAAGGAUCGACCAGGAAGCGCAGGGCAAAGUGGAGAUGGCCGCCGCCGCCCUUCCCCAGUGAUCCCGCCAAAAUGCCAAGGACGAUGAAGAAUGUUGGAAUCGCUGCCACUCUUUGUUUGCGCGUGUUUGUGUUUUGGGGGUGAUGUGACUGGAAAAGUUUUGCAUCGGGAAAAGUGCCUUGUUGAAGCGACGCUGCCUCUUAACAUUGUGGAACAUUUUACGAGUUGCGUGACUUUAAGCAGCUUGCCCUUUCGUGCUGUCCAAGAGGUUGAUAGGACUUGUUUUGUUUUAAUUUACCGCCGCCGUACCGUGUGCAAACGGUUUUCUCUACUUACUGUUGUAUCUACUCGCUAUUUAAGGCACUCUGUUACAUUUGAAUCAACGAUCGCUGCAUGUACUGCUUUAUUACGUUGAAAUAUAUAUUUAUAUUCAAAAAGAGGUGACAAAAUGAGAGAAAGUAAUAUAUUUUUAUUGUUGCUCUGAUUUUAAAAGUGCAUUUUAGGUCUCUGACCCCACCCAACUCCUUUACAGGCUUUUUGCACAUUUUGAUUCAACUGGGAAAAGCCCACCCUCACUUUGCCGGCCAACAAAUAUGCAACUUCUGUGGACACCAUUUUCUCUAUGCCAUUAGUCAAAAGUUUUAUUUUUCUAUUUACAUAAAUUGCCAAACGUUGCCGUUGACGUAGGAACAUAGCACGUAGGUAAUUUUCAAUUUGACCACUAGGCGGCACUGUAAUCCAUAAAUGACUGUACAGCGUUGACAGCAAAAAAAAGAAAAUCAAGGCUUUACAUAGAAAAUGGGUCACAUGACUGCCUGUGUUUUCAGAAUGGUCCAUGUAAUAUUUUCUGAGAAAACCUGGGGAUAAUGUUCGUGGGUGUAUCGGACAAUGUAACGGUUUAUUCCAUGGACGUUAAUUAAAUUUGAAAAAAAACAACAAAAAAGCCACUGAUUGUGUAAUCUGACUAAUGAGAUGCACUGUACACAUAUUACUAAACCCAUUAAACUAAAUGGUCAGAGACAAAAA